GUUGAGCAUGAUCAUUCUGCUCCCUGAUGAGAUUGCAGAUAACUCUACUGGAUUGGAAAAGCUGGAGAGAGAAAUUACGUAUGAGAAACUCAUGGAAUGGGUCAAUCCAGAGAAGAUGUUCCCAAGAGAAAUUAACCUCUCCUUUCCCAAAUUUAAAUUGGAAGAAAAAUAUGAUCUGAAGCCUGUUCUGAGAAGCAUGGGAAUGACGGACGCAUUUGAUGAGGGCAAGGCAGACUUCUCUGGAAUGUCAACUAACAAUGAUUUAGUCCUAUCUGAAGUUGUUCACAAAUCAUUCAUAGAAGUCAAUGAAGAAGGCACUGAAGCAGCUGCUGCCACUGGUGUAAUAAUGGUAUUUAAGAGUGCACAGCAUCCAUUAGAAUUAAAUGCUGACCAUCCCUUCCUCUUUUUUAUUACCCAGCGAUCUACAAACAGCAUCCUGUUCUUUGGUAGAUAUUCCUCUCCAUAAUGGGUGUGAAAGAAUUAGGGCAUACAUAGAAUGCACCUAAUUUGAUUUUUGAUUUCCUGUCGAGCUGAGCUCCAUUGUUACCUAAUGUGCUAACUGCAAAGAUGACACAUCUGGGCUAAAUUGCCAAGUAGCCUUGCUUGUAACUUUAAAUGUGUAUUCUAACAAAGUUCUGGACUAUAUGCCAGAAAAUGUAUUUGCAGAGCGCUGAGAAAAUCAUGAGGUUUGCCUGAACUAAUGAAUAUGAAAUUGUUUCCAACACCAUGACAAUCUGUGCAAGCUGUGUAAACUAUAAGAAGUUUGAGAAAAAAGGUUUUUUUCUUUUGCAGUGGCGGCUUUGGUUUUUUCUUUUUCUCUCUCUGCCUGCUCUGUUUAAGGUGGGAGAUUAAAGGUUGCCCAGUUUUGCUUUCUGCAGAAAUGAAAGCUGAUUAUCAGUAGCUUCGUGUUCAGUUAUCAGAUUCUGAACUACUCUUAAAACUCCUUACAGGUGCACCCAGCAUAUGUUGGUACAAUGGCUCUGACCGUUAAUUCCUCAUCAGAUUUAAACCAUAUGGUACUGAACUUUCACUAUCAUACUUACGAUCUUUUCUGUAAUUAGGGUAGAGAUGGUUCCUUCGUAAUACUCCAUAAUGCUGGAUUUUAAUUCUUUAUGUACAUAAUUAUUUUUUAACCAAUUCAAGAAAAUAAGUUUUUAGUACAAGAUUGGUAGAUAAAUCCUGCAAAAUUGCUUUGCUUAUAUAGGAAUGAGUGCUGUGGGCAGAAGUUGUUAAGCAUGAAUCAAGUGUAUUACAACAUAGAUGUAACUAUGUAUUUGCCCUGUAUACAUUUCCAUGUACAUAUAAGUACAGUCAGUUCAGCUUCCAUUCUGACAUCAAGUUUUAUCAUUUGAGUGACAUCAUGGCUAGUUGUAGCUGCCUCUGCUAAGCUUAUAAUGGCAAAUGUACACAGUGCUAGAAUGAGGACACAUACAUAUUUUUGUGCUCAUCAUUUAACCAGGCAAUUUGAUUCUAUGUAACACAAAUAUCUACAAAUGAUAUUUACCUUAUACAAUUCUUAUUUUGCUGCAGUAUUUCACUUAAACAAAAUGGAAAUA